AUGCCACUAAGGACAACAUUGCAAAACAAGCCUACAUCAGGAAGAUGGCUGAGGAAUUCAUCAAAGCGAAAGGUUCUCUCCGUCAACACGAUUAGCUUGCCACUGGCAGACUUCCGCCACCUCGCUCACAUUGGCUCUGACAACCACAAGGACAGCUUUGGGGAUCUCUCCUUCCUGAAGCAUGGCCACAGUCUUCUCCUGCAGAGCUCUCAGAGUGAGCAGAACCUCUUGCUGGCCUGCUCUCCCCCUCCAAAGCCACCUCGCCUUAACCUGGACGAAGCUGAAUCAACCUGCACCAAUAAAGACUCGCAAUGCCAGCCCCAAGCUCAGAGGUGCAAGAAAUGCAGCUCACUUCCCCUUUUGGACAUGGAGGAUGUGGAGGAAGAAUCCUGUGAACUGAAUCCAGAAGAGGCCUCUAUCAGCCAAAGUGGAGACAGACGGAGCCUGAGCUCUGGGAAGAAUUCAACCCAACCUGGCUCAGAUGAAUAUCCACCAGAAGAGUCUGACACAACUUUCUCCUUCAACCUGGACCUGGGGCCCUCUAUACUAGAUGAUGUACUACAGGUGAUGGACAAACUCCAUCAGUAG